AUGGGAAUCGAAGAUGCUAGAAAAGCCAUUGGCGGAUUGUUUCGUUGUCAAGCCGUGAGAAGCCAAUGCCAAUCUAUCUGGAUGCUCUGUCAGACACAUCCAUCACUGGCGUUGGAAUCGUUCGAUCGUCAUGGAAGACAGAUUUCUCCAUUGAUGCUGUUUUUGGAGGAAGGAAUGGAUUUGGUCUUUGUUCAAGAAUUUUGUCGAGAAUUCCCACAGAGUGUCGAGACACCCCACUAUGACACGGGCAACUUUCCAUUGCACGUGGCUUGUGCGACGGUUGCGGCCCGUCGUCCCAUUCCAGGUCUGGUUGCGUUUCUGGUCCAUCAGUUUCCUCGUGCCGCGGCGGUCAAGAACGCACGGGGAGAUUUGCCAUUGCACAUGUUGCUGGAUGGCAGCGCAACCACACGAAGCACUCGACGUUGCUGCAGUACGGACGACGUUACAAGUCUCGUCGAAGCCUACCCCGAAGGCACCGUCAUGACUUCGGUGGACCGACGAAGCACUCCUCUCGACACGGUCCUGGAAGUCUCCAACCAAUUUUCUCAAACGGUACGAGACACGGUCUGCAGUCGAGUGCCCAAAAAGGUUCGCUUCUUUCAGCUCAAAAACCAACUGCACCAAAGACAACCACAACAACUACAGCUUAACAACAACCAAAGGCACAACCAACGACAAACAUCUCUGGUAGUUUCCACUGCCUUGUCCAAAUUGCUUCCUCAGCUGACCGUGUUGGAAUGCAAACAUGUCGAAUGGGAUUUGGAAGGAUGGACCUUUUUGCUGUCGUGCCUAGAGACCAACACAUCCAUCCGUUACUUGAGCCUCAACUUGCCCACCACCACCACCAACAUUGUACAGGCCAAGGACUAUAUAGAUCCUCUCACCAACUGUCUGGCACGCAACACGAGUGUCACCAAACUAUCCCUUUUACAUCGUCAUCCCACUACUACUCACGCAAUGACGGCCAUGUGGGACGAAACUGUGGAUUACACCACACUGGUGCAAGCCAUUUUGCACGCCAACACGGUGACAUCUCUGACACUGGUCGGCACGGCCUUUGAUACCAAACAACUCACGUUGGCACUCGCACACAAUACCAGUUUAACCGAAUGGAACUUGGAAGGCUGUAGUAAGCAACAGGUCGACUUUUGUCAACUCGACGUGGCACUGGAAAAUCACAAUACAUCCUUGAAACGCGUCACGGUGCCACCAUCUCGCUAUCGGCAAGAUAUUCUUUACUGGACCGCCAUGAAUCGAUUCGGGCGCAAGUACAUUCGCAAAAACACGGCCAGUUUGGAACAAGUCAUUGUGCUAUUGGCCACGCUCAAACACAUGAAAUAUGUCAUUCAACAAGGACAGCGAGUGGAACGACAUCAGAUUUAUUAUGGUCUGUUGCGGGAAGCACCCAGUUUGUGGUGUCAUUAG